CAAUUGCAAGGUAUAGGGAAUUGAGGAGCAAGUACGAUGGAAGUAUCGACUGUUUGGUUCAAAGCUAACCAAGCAAUUUCGACUCUCCCUCUCAAUAACGGAUCAAAGAGGCAAAAAGAAGAAUGUCAACCGGCUGAUGGAGUUGAAUUUGCUCAUCAAAACUCAACCCAUGAACAUCACAAAGCAAAGCGUCAUGUUAAGAACAAGUACGUGCAUGCAAGGUGGUGAAGAUCUCGUUUGUAAGGUCUCAUUGGAAUUUGGAAGAGAAGUAUCUAUGGAUCCAACGAUUGUUGUGACAUUUUAAUUAUAUCUGCAAUUUUGGGUCUUAUCAAAUAAGAAGGCAAUCGAUUAAUAAGGUUAGAAUAUGUUGCACAAGAAAGGUCGGUUUGUAACGUCAGCUUAAAUCUUGAUACCUUCGAAAUUUUUUAUUACAUUAAUGGUCAC